AUGUCCCAGCCGCCCUCCAUCACCCUCCACGUCCCCGAGGGCACCGAGAGCGAUGACCAGGAGCCCAGCCCGGACAAUGAGAGAGCCCUGCACACCUCCUUCUGCCAGCUCAUCCUGGAGCAGAGCAGCUUGAUCGAGGAGCUGGAGAUGCAGGAGAGGGACAGAGACACCUGUGCUGCAACCUCGCCAGGGCCUGGGCAGGAUGAGCAGUGCCCCAUCUACUCCUCCACCGCCCUGCAGAUCCUGGCCAGCAUGCCCAGCCGCACUAUCGAAAAGCAGAGCCUGCUCGUGGAGGAGCUGCUGAGUGUCUCACCCGGCCAGCGCAGACGCAUGCUGCUCACCAUGCCCUUCAGCCUGGCAGAGAAACGCAGCCUGCGGUGGCAGCUGAGCUGGCAGAGGGAUCUCGGAAACCUACCCAUCCAGCACCAGGCCACCUCCUCGUCCCGUGGGUGGCCCAAAGUCUACAUUGUCCUACACUACCCCCUGAAGCAGAUCAGCGGCCGCUUCGGCUCCAGUGUCCUCUCCUACUUCCUUUUCCUCAAGACACUUGUUAUGUUCAACUUCCUUUCAUUCCUCAUCCUCCUGACCUUCGUGGUGGCCCUGCAGGCUGCAUACCCACCUGCCUCGGCCAGCUCCCCAUCCUUCAGUGGCCUUGAGCUCCUCACGGGAGCAGGGUACUUCACACACUCCCUGCUGUACUAUGGCUACUACAGCAACGUCACCCUCAAUGACCCCUGUGCCUCUGUCCCCGACGGCAGCGCGUGCCUCCUCGCAGCCCCCCAGCUCCCCUACAACAUGCCACUAGCCUAUGUGUUCAGCGUUGGGGUCUCCUUCUUAGUCACCUGCAUCCUGCUGGUGUACAGUGUGUUCUGCUCUUUUCGAGAGAGCUACCGCGUGGGCAGCUCCGCGAAGGACCUGGCCAUCAAAGUCUUCUGCACCUGGGACUUCAAGGUGAUCCAAAGGCGCUCUGUGAAGCUGCAGUGUGAGAACAUCUGCACCCAGCUGAAGGAGUUGCUGGCAGAGCUACGCUCUCGUCCCCACUCCCGGAGCCUCUGCCAGUGCCUGGCACACUACACCGUGGUGCUGCUGGCCUGGGUCCUAACGCUGAGCUCGGUGUUGGGCUGUGUGCUGGCUGUACACUACUUAUCAGAGCACAUGCAUAUGGUUCUGCAGGACCAGCGAGCGCAGGGCAGUGGCAGGUGGCAGCAAGAGGCCACCCUGCUGGUCCUGCCCCUCGUGGUGUCACUCUUCAACGCGCUGAUGCCCCACCUGUACAACUGUCUGGCAAAGUGGGAGAAGCAAGACCACCCUGUGACACAGGUCCAUGUGGCGAUGUGCAGGAACCUCAUCCUGAAGACAGGAAUCCUUGGCCUGCUGUGCUACCAGUGGCUCAGCCGGAACGUUGUCUGCUCGAAGGAAGAGUGCUGGGAGACGUGUGUGGGCCAGGACCUAUAUCGCUUUGUGGUGAUGGAUUUCAUAUUCACCUUGCUGGACACGCUCUUCAGGGAGCUGGUCUGGAGGCUGAUCCUGGAGAAGAAGAAGCAGCGGAGGCCAGAGUUUGAUAUUGCCCGAAACGUGCUGGAGUUGAUCUACGGGCAGACCCUGACCUGGCUGGGUGUUCUCUUUGCUCCGCUCCUGCUGGCCGUGCAGACACUGAAGCUGCUGUUGCUGUUCUAUAUCAAAAAGACCAGCCUGAUGCGGAAUUGCCAGUCCCCCAGCAAGCCUUGGCAAGCAUCGCACAUGAGCAGCGUCUUCAUCUCCCUGCUGUGCUUCCCCUCCUUCCUUAGUGCAGCCAUCUUCCUCUCCUACACCAUCUGGUCGGUGCAGCCGUCAGAAUCCUGUGGUCCCUUCCGGGGGCUGGAGACCAUCUAUACGUCAGUGAAGAGCUCGGUGCUAGUGUUGGAGAAGUCCAAUUCCAACAUCACCUGGUUCAUCUGGGUCUACCAGCACCUGAUGGAGAACACUUUCAUCCUGUUCUACGUGUCUGUGGCUGUGCUAGCUGUGAUCUACGUCAAUGUCCAGGUGCUGAAAGGCCAUCAGAGGGUCAUCCGCCUGCUCAAGGAGCGGAUCAACAACGAAGGGGAAGAUAAGAGAUUUCUCAUUCAGAAGCUUCACUCCGUUUAUGAGCAGCGGGAGAGACGUGCCUGA